UUACUCUUGAAGUUCUCUGUGCUAAACCCUCCAAGCACAAAAAGCGCGAAAAUCAAACAAAGCCCUUCUUCUUCCUCUCCUGUCAUUCUUCUCUGAUAGGGUUUUGGCUCUCCAAGCUCUCGAGCGCUUCCAAUGGCGAGCGCUAGUUCCGUCGACGGCUCUCUCUGGUGGGACCCGUUCUCUCUCCUCCUCACCGAGCUCGAGCACGCCCCUUUCUCCUCCUCCCUCCCUCCAAAUCUUGCGAAGAAGUUGAAAGACAACCACGCUUGGUUCGUGGACACAGUGUCGCGCUUCAAGCCACCGAAUGAGAAGUCCAGGGAGGCUUUGAAUUCACAGAAAGUGGAAAUAGGGUCUCACCAAUUGACUGUACAAUCCGAAUUAAAAGAAAAGGCUUUGCAUAUCAGCUCCUACUUGUGUUUAGACGAGGUGCAAUCGUACAUUCUUGUUGAAAGAUCUCUUAAGGACGACGAUCUAGGUGCUAAUUCUAUAGUUCAAGAAUUUCUUCACGUGAUAUUGCUUCAGUAUUACAUGGAGCGACAAUGCUUGCUAAAGUGUACCAGGCAAAUUCUUAUGCAUGCUUUAUAUGUUGGAACUGGAUCCAAAGAAGGUCAAAUUAUGAGGGAGGAGGCGCUAAAGCUGAUUUCUGAUGGGCUUGAAAGGAAAUUAAUAUCGUUAAUGGAGGACCUUCUAUCCUCCAGUUACCCUGAGCAAAUGGAUGUUGACCUUUUCACUUUGUGGGCGGAGGAAACACUGAUUGAAGACAAUUUGGUUUUAGACAUUCUUUUUCUAGCAUAUUAUGAGUCAUUUUGUACUUGUGAUGGUGGAAGAUGGAAAAAUCUGUGCUCCCUCUACAAGGGGAUCAUAUCUGGGGAUUAUAACUUUGGAAAGCUGGCAAUAUCAUCUGAGGCACUACAUUCUUCUUAUCAUGCCAAAGUUCAGCUGCAACUUAUCCUCAUAGAGACCCUGGACCUGGAAAUUCUUCUCCAGAUGGUUCAUGAUGAAAUUCCUUUCAGGAAGGGUGUCUCUGUUUUCACCUUGUCUGAUGUCCAAGAGAUGGAUUCAAUAAUCUCCAGCUUCAAUGCCUUUGAACUGAAAGAGGCAGGCCCACUAAUUCUAGCUUGGGCAGUGUUUCUUUGCCUAAUUUCAUCACUUCCAGGAAAGGAGGAAAAUAAUGUGCUAAUGGAGAUUGAUCAUGUUGGUUAUGUACGCCAAGCCUUUGAGGCUUCAUCCUUGAGUUAUUUUGUUGAAAUCCUUCAAAGUGAUCUACUGAAGGAAUCAGAUGGACCCAGUGCUGGUUAUCGAAGUGUCUUGAGAACUUUUAUUUCUGCAUUUAUUGCAUCUUAUGAGAUCAAUCUUCAGAUAGGGGAUAGUACUCUUAAUUUGAUAUUGGAUAUUCUUUGCAAAAUUUAUCGUGGCGAGGAGUCACUUUGUAUUCAGUUCUGGGACAAGGAAAGUUUUAUUGACAGUCCCAUUCGGUGUCUUCUCUGCAACUUAGAGGGUGAAUUCCCCUUCAGGACUGUAGAACUUGUUCGCUUAUUAUCAUCCCUCUGUGAAGGAACGUGGCCUGCAGAAUGCGUGUAUAACUUUCUAGACAAGUCAGUUGGAAUAUCAUCCUUGUUUGAGAUUAGUGGUGAUUCUUUGGUGGAUGACAUCUCUCAAAUUGUUGAAACACACCUGCCAGUGCAUGUUCCUGGCAUUGAGGGUUUAUUCAUUCCUAGCAAUACUCGUGGACAUGUUUUGAAAAUGAUUGGUGGUAAUACUGCUCUUGUACGAUGGGAGUAUACACAAUCUGGCUUGCUUGUAUUGCUCCUCCGUUUGGCACAGGAGCUGUAUUUGGACAAAAGUGAGGAAGCUUUCUUUACUCUUGACUUGCUUAGUCGAAUGGUGUCUUUUAACACGGCAGCGUGCUUUGCUUUAAUGGAGAUUGGGAGCUUAUUGCAUCUUCAAGAAACUGGCAUUGCUGGGACUUUGGAGAAGAAUGUGUGGGUGGUUCAGACCAUUUGCACUUUGGUCAGAACUCUGCCUCCUAAUUCCCGUAGUGCUGCUCUGACGUCCAUGUGUCUCAAGAUUUUGGGCAAGAUGUUGAAAUGUUCCCCAUCUCAUGUUGCUGCGGUGGUUCUAAAGGCAAAUAUAUUUGAUGUGGUCUUAAGGACAAGUAUCUGCGAUGUUGGCAGUAAUGGUUUAUCAAGUGGAUCGUGGUUACUUUCUGCAAAAUUGGCAAAGAUGCUCUUAAUUGACUGUGAGCAGAAUGAUAAUGACUACCCAUUGGCUAUAUCAGUGCUGGACUUUACCAUGCAGCUUGUGGAAACAGGAUUAGAGGAUGAUUCCAUACUGGCUCUAGUUGUUUUCUCCCUGCAGUAUGUCCUAGUUAGUCACGAGAACUGGAAAUACAAAGCGAAGUAUGUGCGUUGGAAAGUAACAUUGAAGGUGCUGGAAGUGAUGAAAAAAUGCAUUUUGUCAAUCUCAUACUAUAAAAGAUUGGGUGAUGUUAUCCGGGAUAUGUUACUUUGUGAUUCUUCCAUCCACAAUACACUCUUUCGAAUUAUUUGUAUAACUACGCAAGCCUUAGAGAAUAUUUAUGUUAGCCGUGUCUUCGAACUGAUGGAGAUUGAGGGAUUACAGCUUGCUAUGGGUUCUGUUCUAGAUAUUCUUUUCAUCAUGCUCUCCAAUUUUUCAAAGGAUAUAUCUUCCAGCCUUCCUGUCUUUCAUCAAGCUGUGCUGUCAUGUACGACCAAACCAGUUCCCAUUGUUGCGGCUGUCAUAUCCUUAAUAUCAUAUUUUCGCAAUCCUACAAUCCAAGUUGGUGCUGCUAGGGUAUUGUCAGAAUUGUUGAUUGUGGCAGAUUAUUUACAACAAUAUUCGUUUGGCAAUGCAUGCUUUGGUUUGGAUGAUAAGCAGAUUACAGAUUUGAGGCACACCAUAAACUACAUACUACUUGAGAAGUCAGCAUGGAAUAAAGAUCUCCUUGUUGCCAUAUUCAAUCUGCUCACUUCUGCAGCAAAUUAUCAGCCUGCUUUUCUUGUUGCUGUAUUUGCUGCCAAAGAGAGUACAGAUCUCCAACAUAGUAGUGCUAAUGAUGUGAGGCAACCAGCAAAUGAAGCUUCCUUUGAGCCACAGGGUUCCAAGAAAUCAAGUCUGGUAGAUGCACUUCUGCACCAUCUUGAUAGAACAAAUGAUCUUAUCAACAGCAAUCCUCGAAUUCUCUUGAAUGUACUGAACUUUAUGAAGGCCUUGUGGCAAGGGGCUGCUCAGUAUACGCAUAUCCUGAAGUGGCUGAGGAGCUCUGAGAAUUUGUGGAAACAAUUGUCCAACUCUGUUUCGCUAAUUGCUGGCAUUGAAGAUCCUCCCCUUGAAAAUCUUACUGAAAAGGAGGCUCUGAACUUGGCAUGCAAAUAUCAAUGUCAAUCUGCAAUAUUGGAAAUAAUGGCGUAUGAGAUGUUCCUGCAGAAAAAGUUGUCACAUGCUGAAUCUCUUGUAAAGCAUGCAAUUGAAUCGAAGGACAGGAUAGAAAAUGUGGUAUACAUUGAAAAAUCAAAAGUUGUGAAAGAUAUUAUGUCAAACUGGUGUGAGAGCACUGUUUUAGGCAAUCUGAUCAAGUCAUAUACUUCUUGUGAAUACAACAACGAAAAAUACUUCCACGGAAAGCUUGCUGCCAGCUUAUUCACUGUGCAUGUGAUGGGAAGAUUAGCAACGAGUGACUCAGGAACUUUGUCUGUCUCAUUGCUUGAGAAGAUCCUUGUGAUUUCAAAAAAGUUGAUCAGUCAGCCUGCUUUUUUUGAAUUGUUAGCUCAAUAUUCUCAGCAUGGUUACAGUGAAGGGAAGGAACUAAAUACUUUAAUUCUCAGUGACCUUUAUUAUCAUUUGCAAGGAGAGUUUGAAGGCCGUAAAAUUUGUCCUGGACCAUUCAAAGAACUCUAUCAGUAUCUAGUUGAAUUGAAGCUUUUGCAGACUUAUGAACUUAAGUAUGAGGAUGACCUUUUUGCAACUUCCAAAGCUGUAUACUUGUUUGACCUUGUACGGCUCAGAGCAGAUAUGGGAUUAGAUAUGUGGGAUUUUUCAGAGUGGAAAGCAUCAAAGGCAAUCGCGGAAACAAUGUUGCGUUGCAUGCAGGACACAAACUCAAUGGUGUUGCUUGCAAGUUCAAAGCAUUCUGCACUGAAAGCAUUAAUAACCGUUUUAACUAUUUACGAGGAUGAUUCAACAACAAGAAACACUAUUGGAGCAAAGAUUACUGAUCAAGUUGUUUUAUCAUGUAUUGAUCAUAUAUGCCAAUGUUUCUCUGCCACCGUAGAAUCACUAGCACCAAUUCUGGAUGCCUCUGAAGAUAUCCUUUGUUUUCUAGCAGCACAAGCAGAAUUACUUCUCCAUCUUAUGAGAUCUGCAUAUAAAAGCUUGUCCUUGCAUGCUUUUGUACUAGUCUUGAAAACCUUGGGUUCUGGCCUUAAAGUGUUGAGUGGCUUAAGGUCAUCAGUCGAAGGGGUCAGCACAACAAUGAGGCUCUUACUGAUGUUACUUCUUUCGACUUUGGAGUUUACUUGCCUUAGUUCAUGUUUAGGUGGGGCAACAGGUAUGGAAUCUGUCGAAGACGUGGCUAAGAUUUCUAACACGACUAUUUCGCUACUACCCAUUCUCUGCAACUGCAUUACUACUGAGCAUUGCACCCUUUCCCUGACAACUAUGGACUUUAUAUUAAAAAGUUUCUUGAUGCCUAACACUUGGUUCCCAAUCAUACAGAAUCGUCUAUCAUUGCAGAAUGUUGUUCUGAAGCUUCAGGAUAAUAAAUCUCUUGCAUCCUUUCCCAUAAUAUUGAAGUUCUUUUUGACCCUGGCACGUGUGAGAGGAGGUGCUGAGAUGCUUGCUAAUUCUGGUUUUUUCUCAUCUCUGAGGGUUUUGUUUGCUGAAUCCUUUGAUGGUAGACUUUUUUCCCCAAUAAAUAGUGAAGGGGGUUUCUCCAACUCAUCUGACAAAAUUGAAAAGCCUGGAUGCAUUUGGGGACUUGGCUUGUCUGUGGUUACGGCUAUAAUUCAAUCUCUAGGAGACAGUUCUACUUGCAUCGAUAUUGUGGACAAUGUGAUACAUUACUUCUUUUCAGAGAAAGCUUAUAUGAUAUUUUAUCAUCUCAAUGCACCAGACUUUCCGUCUGAUGAUCCUGACAAGAAAAGACCUCGGGCUCAGAGGACACAAACGUCUUUGGCUGCUCUUAAAGAAACAGAGCAUACCCUAAUGCUGAUGUGUGUGCUAGCAAAACAUUGGAAUUCAUGGGUUAAGGCCAUGAAAGAAAUGGAUUCAGAGCUAAGAGAGAAAAGUAUCCAUCUCUUGGCCUUCAUUAGUCGGGGAACUCAACGCCAUGGAGAGCCUGCCAUCAGGGGUGCCCCUCUUUUAUGUCCUCCUACCCUCAAAGAGGACUUUGAUUGCUGCAAGAAAGAAUCAGUUAUCAAAAGCAGACGUGGAUGGUUUGCUCUUUCACCGCUUGGUUGUGUGCCAAAACAGAAGUUCAGUGCUGUCUCAACUGCUCUAACAAUUAAGGAUCAAGCAACUAAAAAUACUGAUCCUGUUUCUCAAACAUACUUCUCCGACGCUAUUGCAUUGCAGAUCUACAAAAUUGCAUUUCUUCUUCUGAAGUUUCUCUGUUUACAUGCUGAGGGUGCUGCUAAAAGGGCAGAGGAGUUGGGAUUUGUCGAUCUUGCUCAUUUUCCUGAGCUUCCAAUGCCUGAAAUUUUACACGGUUUACAGGAUCAAGCCAUUGCUAUUGUUACUGAACUGUGUGAGGCCAACAAAUUGGAGCGGAUUCAUUCCGAAGUCCAAGAUGUCUGUUGCUUAUUGGUGCAAAUAAUGGAGAUGGCUUUAUAUUUGGAACUCUGUGUUGUACAGAUUUGUGGCAUAAGACCUGUGCUAGGGCGUGUCGAGGAUUUCUCAAAAGAAUUCAAAUUGUUGAUGAGAGCAACAGAAGGCCAUGCUUUUCUGAAAGUAUCCUUGAAGUCCUUGAAACAGAUAACAUCGUUUGUGUAUCCGGGAUUGUUACAGUCCGAGGGUUUCUUGUAGAGUACUUGUGGUCCUGUGGAUCCAGGAGGUGGCGGUAUUUGAGAAAGCAACGUGCACUCGGCCCACUUAACAAUUCUUUGUCUCCAUACCAUAUGUGAUUGUCGUUACGCGGAGAAUGAAAUCUUUUCAGCAUAGUCCGAUUGCUCGUGAGAGAUUUCAAGUUCUCCUUCCUUUCUAUUCUUUCAGUUUCAUAAUGUGGUCGAUCCACGCGUUGGAUGUGACCCCUUUUUUAUGAGUCUGCUGCCACCCAGCCUGGCUGGUAUCAUUUGCAAUGCGGAUAAAGUGGGAUUGGUACCCUGCCAUUUUCCCUCCACAGAGGAAGCAAGGGGUAAUAACAAGGGUUUGUGAGGCUCUUUCUUUUUUCUUUUUCUUUUUUUAUUAAAAAAAAAAUGGUAAAAAAGGUUACAGGGGAUGUAAGAGGGCCCCUUGUCUGAGCAGGGCUGUCCUGCAUGAUUCGGCCCCUUGCUCGGGCAGGGCUCAUCCGGUGGAACAAGGGAGCCCCUUCUCGAAGAAAAUGGAGUAGGGGCAAUAAUAGGAAUCUCCAAUUACAAGAGAUUCAUGUCCAAUAAAGUAUUUCAUGAAAGAAAAACUCAACUAUCAAUCAAAAGGUCCAGUUACCACG